ACCAUCCGAGACAUGCCUCCUAAAGGAGGGGUCACCAAACGCGAGCCAGCGCGCCGUCGCAAAGUUGCCUUGGCCUGCGAGUCGUGCCGAGACAAAAAAGUGCGAUGUGAUGGCACAAAGCCCAUUUGCGGACCAUGUGCUCGGCGCGGGUAUACCGUCGACAGAUGUGUAUACAAGCUGGAUAAUGCGAGGUCUGCCAGCGGCGAUGAAUAUCUGAAGAUCCUGCAUAAUCGUAUUCGGGAACUCGAAGAGACUUGCGCUAAAGGCGGGGUCACUGCGCCGCCGGGACCUGGACAGCAUGAAGUCUACAGAGCGUCAUCGAGUCAACUGGGGGAAGAUACGGACCUGGAUAUCCUGGACCCGGAAUCAAGGACGUCUGUAGCUGCAGAAGGAUUAUUAGGGCUGGGCUCCACCCCGGUGUUAUCCGCACCAAAUUCGCUAGCUUCAACGCCUACUUUUCAUCCUCCGAAAUUCCUCGUGCAGAGGAAUCAGUCCGAGACAGGGGAGAGCUAUAGAACUCCACACACGGCCCAGUUCUCUCCUGAUUCUGCUCAUCAGCGCGCAACCAGUAUCUAUCCCUCACCAUCUGUCAACAGCCAUGGAAACGUGAAUGGAAUGGGGGCGAUCUCGGUGGCGGACGAUGACCCAGGCAUAGACUCCCCGCAGGAGCAGGUGUACUACGGAAACUCAUCGGUGGCUUCUUUCAUGCGUCUUGCGGGAGAAUCAAUGCCUUUGCGGUCAUACAUGUCGGCUUUACGAGCGAGUAAGAACGAGUCGUCCAGGCCGCAGCAUCCUGGUGGAGGUCUCUGGAGAGAUCUAGGCCAUCCAUCCGUGGAUUUUAGGUUCGAUGAUUUCUCCCUGCCACCCCGAUCUCUUGCAGAUCAUCUACUUGAAUGCUACUGGGACAGGGUGCAUUGUCUAUUUCCCUUCUUUCAUCGGCCUAGCUUCGAGCAAGCUUAUGAGAACCUCUGGGGAUCGGAGAAGGAGACGAAGCCACCGUUGCCGCAACUCAAUAUUGGACUUGGGAGUGCGCUUGAUUCUGCACCUAAUUCGGUUGUGUUUCAUUGCGCGCUGAAUGGCAUUUUUGCUCUGGGAAGUCAUUUCUCGGAUAUUCCGGCUGAGGAUCGGGAGCCUGCGGUUUAUUCCUUCUUCCUGCGUGCCAAGAAGUUCAUCAAUCUUGAUCUGAUUGAUAUAGGCACGAUUGGCGUUGUGCAAACGCUUCUUAUUGUUUCACUUCUUCUGCAGAGUACGCCGUAUCCAAUGCGGUGUUGGAAUGCAAUUGGACUGGCUUGUCGAGCUGGCCAAGGUAUUGGUCUACACGAGACAACCACGCAUGCGUCGAAUAAACCUCUGGAGACGGAGAUACGCCGGCGAACCUGGCAUGGCUGUGUUAUUAUGGAUCUGAUUGUGAGCAUGACAUAUGGAAGACCGAGCAUGAUAUCUCACAUCUCACCGGUGCCUCUGCCUGCCAUGGGCGCCGACAUUGAAGACGCCGAUCCCUGCGGGCUCAGUGGAUUGCCGUGCGAUCACAAACUCGGCUACACGACAUUUUACGUCUCGUCGAUUGAACUAUACAAAAUCCUUGAGUCCAUUCUCGCUGAGGUCUACAAUGCCUGGCAGAGUCGGUCGAAUAGCUUUCGCACAACUUCACCGCGAGGCUCCAAGCUCUGCAGUCUGGACGUAUUAAUGGAGCUCGACGAUAAACUCGCUGCCUAUGAAGCUAAUGUACCCCAGCCACUGAACUGGACGAAUACAGCCUCACCCUCACUGCAUUCUUCGGACAGUGCACACGAGGCGACAUUCAAACGCCAGCAGAACGUGCUGCGUGCAAGAUUCAUCUAUCUCCGCCUCCUGUUAUAUCGCCCUAUGUUCACCCAACUCUGCUCCGCCGAGCGAGCUGGAUCAUCCCGUCGCUGUGAUGCGCAAUCCGGCGCGAAGAACUUGAUAUACUCCUCAGUCUUCUCAGGAUGCGCCGCCUCCUGCGUUACUGCAGCCAUAGACCUCAUUUCGCUUGUCCACGAGACAUAUCGAACAAGCGUAACGGAUGCAUGGUGGUAUAAUGGAUUCUACACAUCGACUGCAGGAUUCAUCCUGAUAAUGUCCCAUCCCUGCCACUCCAUCUGCGAGCAAGUCGAUCCGCAGCUCGUGGAUGAAAGCUGGCGUAAGUGCGAAGAGAUACUAGCCUUCAUGGCUACAUUCAGUCUAUCAGCACGCAACUCCUUGCAGUUCUUGCAAGUGACGCAUCAGCACAUUGUACAAAGUCAUUCAGGCACUUCUCGGCUCCUAGAUGCUACAUCGGUAGCUCCUGCUCAGCCGCAUCAGAGAGCAAAUCAGCAAUCGGGUCAGCCGGAGUUGCUGGCACAGCCUGCUGAGCUGGUGUCGGAUGAACAGAUUAUGAGGAAUGAGCCCAGUAAUAUGGAUACCAAUCCUUUCGCGACGUGGGAUGAGUUGGGGCUCGGACAGGAGGAGUUUGGGUUCCUUGGGAGGUUUGAUCUGCCGGAUCUUGCGAGCUGGUUUCCUGCAGGUGAUAUGUCUCCUUGA